CUGAUUUUUUUAGAUGAAUAUUUAACACAAUAUUGAAAACCAAGAGAGCACAUGCUUCGAAUAGUUUCAAUUGUAUACGCGUAUAAACUUUUUCUUUUGAUGUAUUUUGACUUGAAAAAAAGUUAACUUUCAACUCAUUCUUCAAAAUGAGCGAUGGUUACGAAAUUGUCAAAACUUCCAAUGAAAAGUAUGUGUGUUACAAAGUUCACGUAAAAAGUGAUGACGAAUCAUGGUUCAUACUAAAACGCUACACCGAGUUUCGGAAUCUUUACAAAGAACUCAAUUCUAAAUUUCCAGACGCUAAAUUCAAAAUUCCACCGAAGAAAUACAUUCAAAAAUUCAGCAAGAAAGUUAUCGACGAGAGAGUUAAAGGAUUGAAUCUUUUUGUCGGCCAGGUUUUUAUGACCCCAGGUGCCUUGGAGUUGGACAGCGUGGUGGAUUUUUUCGACCUUAAAAAAGCUUUCAACAACAGCGACCAGAUAGAUUCCGAGAAACCUCUUUCGGAAACAGGGCCCGAACACGGCGAGGAAACCACCUUAUAUGGAAACAAAAUGGAUCCAACAGACUUUGAACUGAAAAAAGUGAUCGGAAAAGGAGCUUUUGGGAAUGUAUUUCUGGCACAGCAUAAGGAGUCUGGAAAACACUAUGCUCUCAAGGUGCUGCAGAAGAGCAGAGUGAAGUCGCAAAUUGAGAAACAACAUCUGAUGAGUGAGCGCUUUGUGCUGCUGAGCAACCUCAAUCACCCCUUUCUCGUCGCUUUGCACUAUGCAUUCCAGACGCCGGUCAAGCUGUACUUCGUGCUUGACUUCGUGAAUGGAGGAGAGCUGUUCUACCACCUGCAGAAAGAAAGGAGCUUCGGAGAAGAGCGGACCAAGUUCUACGGCGCCGAGAUUGCAUGCGCCUUGGGCUUUCUUCACUCGAGACACAUUUUGUACAGGGACCUCAAACCGGAGAACCUUAUUCUGGACAAGAUGGGACACGUGAUCAUCACAGACUUCGGACUGUCGAAGGAACGGAUGAACGAGCUUCCGAAUAGCUUGACGAGUACGUUCUGUGGCACCCCCGAGUACCUGGCACCCGAAGUGCUCAGAGGGGAGUCCUAUUCGUACCCGAUCGACUGGUGGUGUCUCGGCUGUGUGAUGUACGAACUGAUGUUCGGAGCGCCUCCCUUCUACCACAAAGACCACAUUGUGCUGUACGAGGCAAUCAAAAGACAUCCUCUCAAGUUGAACAGAAGAAACAUACAUCUCUCGCAGGCAGCGACUGACGUACUCUCCAGUUUGAUGGAUAAAAAUCACUCUUUUCGACUCGGAACAAAUGGUGGCGUUAAAGAAAUCGAACCAGCACCCGUUUUUCCGGAAUCUGGAUUUUGCCAAACUUGAGGCAAAACAGAUUGAAGCACCGUUUGUUCCCGGAGGAGAUGACGACUAUGCUGGCCAUAUAGACCCGGAAUGGACCGAAAUGUCAAUUCCGGAAUCGGUAACGGGGAAGUUCAACAACCGUUUAAGUGUUGCAGUUUCACCAUGUACAGGCAGAGGUUUUGAGGGAUUCACGUACAAACGAGUCGUACACGAUUUCGACUGAAACGUCCAAAAACCUCAUUUCUAACUUUUUAUAUAAAAAAGUAUAAUGGAAAACUAACAAUUUUAUUUUGCUGAUACGAAUAAAUGUCCAAAAAUCCCGAUUUGAUUUAUAACAUUCUUAAGAUUAUCUUGGAAAACUAACAAUUUCCUUUUGAUGAGACGAAUGAACAUUUCAUCUCGCUAAAAAUGGUCAAUUAAACAUAAAGUGCAAAUUACAGGGCCUUAUUUAGCAUGACGGAGUGUAUCGCUCUGCCUCAA